AACAUAUUCAUUCAACCGAAUAAACUGAGAUUGUUGUAAGUAGCUAACAUAUUCAUUCAACCGAAUAAAUGACUGAGAUUGUUGUAGGUAGCUAACAUAUUCAUUCAACUGAAUAAAUGACUGAGAUUGUUGUAGGUAGCUAACAUAUUCAUUCAACUGAAUAAAUGACUGAGAUUGUUGUAGGUAGCUAACAUAUUCAUUCAACUGAAUAAAUGACUGAGAUUGUUGUAGGUAGCUAACAUAUUCAUUCAACUGAAUAAAUGACUGAGAUUGUUGUAGGUAGCUAACAUAUUCAUUCAACUGAAUAAAUGACUGAGAUUGUUGUAGGUAGCUAACAUAUUCAUUCAACUGAAUAAAUGACUGAGAUUGUUGUAGGUAGCUAACAUAUUCAUUCAACUGAAUAAAUGACUGAGAUUGUUGUAGGUAGCUAACAUAUUCAUUCAACUGAAUAAAUGACUGAGAUUGUUGUAGGUAGCUAACAUAUUCAUUCAACUGAAUAAAUGACUGAGAUUGUUGUAGGUAGCUAACAUAUUCAUUCAACUGAAUAAAUGACUGAGAUUGUUGUAGGUAGCUAACAUAUUCAUUCAACUGAAUAAAUGACUGAGAUUGUUGUAGGUAGCUAACAUAUUCAUUCAACUGAAUAAAUGACUGAGAUUGUUGUAGGUAGCUAACAUAUUCAUUCAACUGAAUAAAUGACUGAGAUUGUUGUAGGUAGCUAACAUAUUCAUUCAACCGAAUAAAUGACUGAGAUUGUUGUAGGUAGCUAACAUAUUCAUUCAACCGAAUAAACUGAGAUUGUUGUAGUUACAGGACCGUCCAUUAGGCAGGAUUAGAGGGCAGUAGAGUGAGCUCGGUAUUUUCUGAGCUAAACUGACCAAGACGCACCUCCAACUAGGGGUGGGCGAUAUAUCGAAUGAAUUAAAACAAAUGUUUUUGCGCAAUAUUCCAAAUGGCAGUAUUGCAGAAUGUUUUUUUAGUAUUUGUUUUUAUGAGAGUUUAUGUCCGCUUGUUCUCAUGUCUCGUUCGCUCCUUCUGUUCUGUGCACCUUGCCAUUUACAUUAGAUAUCUGUUUAUAGUCAUGAGAUGGUCAUGUCUCCGUCGUAGCAAUGGGAGUCUUUGUCUCAAAUGCGGGAAUGCAGCCGACAAGCUUAGAUUUCAAAUAGCGCAUAGAAUCGCAUUGGGCUUAUUUUGGCCAGACAAAACCCUCUCUUGCCUCUUUCUCCCAAGACCCUGCCCCUACCACUCACAAUAACAAAGAUGAGACAUCUUCCUCUCUGACAAGCGGAUUCAACUCGGCUAUUUGAGGUUUGGUCCAACAGAAUUGGGUUUCCUCUGGAGAUUGUCAUCAUGGCGGUGGCAUCUUUAUCCCGAGCUCUGCGCACGCUGUCCGUCUCCUGGCCGUCUCUAUUACCAACCCAGACCGCAGGACAGACCAGCUCCAUGUUUCCCUCGCUAACCUGCUCUGGGUGGCGAGGCUUCCUGACUACAGCCUGUCUGGAGCAGAACAGAAACGCAUGGAAACAGAGGGAGAAAUACACCAUUAGACCUAUAGGCAUGAAGAAGACUGGAGGCAGAGAUCACUCUGGGAGGGUUCGUACACAUGGUAUUGGAGGAGGCCAUAAACAGAGAUACCGUUGGAUUGACUUCCAGCGUCUCCGCUAUGAGCCAGGCAGAGAGGAGCAGACCUUCGAGGAGAGGGUGAUGGAGGUCCGGUAUGACCCCUGCAGAUCUGCAGAAAUAGCUCUGGUGGCAGGAGGCAAGAGGAAGCGUUGGAUUAUUGCGACAGAGAACAUGCAAGUUGGAGACCUCAUUAAAACCUCUGGGACUAUCGGCCGCAUGGCAGUUUCGGCUAAGGAAGGAGACUCGUUCCCACUGGGAGCUCUUCCUGUUGGAACUCUGGUCAACAACCUGGAACUGUAUCCUGGGAAAGGAGCCACCUACAUCCGUGCUGCAGGUACGAGUGGAGUGUUACUUCGUAAAGUCAGCGGAACAGCGAUUGUACAGCUGCCAUCUAAACAGCAGAUUCAGGUGUUUGAGACAUGCAUGGUCACAGUGGGACGGGUGUCCAACAUCGAUCACAACAAACGGAUCAUUGGUAAAGCUGGCAGGAACCGUUGGCUCGGCAUCCGGCCUUCCAGCGGCUUGUGGAAGAGGAAAGGUGGCUGGGCCGGACGCAAGAUCAAACCACUACCCCCCAUGAAGAGUUAUAUUAACCUGCCUUCAGUGUCUGCCAACUAAACAUGUGCUGAACUCUAUGCAGCAGGACUAGCAUUGCAGGAGUCGCCACCUCUUCUCUCUCUCUCUUUAGAUGGAUCAGAGGCAAUGAUGUUAAUGGACAGAGCUGUCUCUGUCAGUGAUUACUCUGUAACAUUCUCAGUGAUGUAGUUUUGUGACAAUGUUUUGGUCUGUUAUGACAUGGAUUUUGUGAAAUGAAAUGAUUUAACUGAAGUGUUGGUAGAGAAUGAGGCUUUAUUAAACACAGCUGCUCCUAGGAAACCAAACAAUAAAACACAUUUACAUCCAUAGUGAAACAUUCAAA